AUGGCUCGCAAGCUAUUCGCAGCGUUCCAGAGCUCUAUUAUCAGAGCCCGAUUGUGUGCUCAGUAUAAAGCGGCCAAAUGCACACUGGCGACGGAGAAUAAAUCGAAGAAACCGUUGGUCAAGGUACCGGAAGCUGCAAUUCAGGGCGCACCGUUGCUGUCGACAACAGGCAGCGGUUCGUUAGUUCGUGUGCAGGAGGCCUGCACGGCUGAUGAGGUCUGGAAGGCCGCUCAGGUUUACGCAAUCUGUUUCCGCAGUAACGCCACACAGGAUUCUGCGCACCAAGUGAAAGAUAAUCAGUCUUCAGCUGGCGCACCUGAGUCCUUCUACCGCGGCUGGCGAGAAGAGUGGGAGCUCUUUUUGUUGACGCUAGAGGCUUGGCUAGGUUUCCGCUUACGCAUGAAGUUUCGGCCAAAUAACCACCGACUUUUCAUAGCAAAGGCGUCUGUAUGCUCGAAAGACAAAGCGCUUACGCCGCGACCGCCGCGCGAUAGUCUGCAUGCACCAGGGGGCGCUUCGGAGCCAGUUGCAGAGAUGGUUGUCGGUAUAGUGGAAAUGUCGCUCGAACCUGUGCGAGUCCAGGUGACGUCAUUCACGGCCGCGUUGCUUGAUCUUCUCGAACGUAUAGCGGGUAAGAAUGUUUCCGGACGCGCACACGGCCGCAAUUGUAACCAGGGAAUCGUGCGGCGCGUGUACUUGUACAACCUUGCGACGCAUCCGGACUAUCGUCGACGCGGCAUUGCCCGAUAUCUAUUGGCGCAGUGCGAGUCGCAGACCAGAGCGUGGCAGCAUCGCACAAUCUAUCUCCACGUAGAGAGAGAAAACGCUGGGGCACUCUCUCUUUACAAGCGAGCGGGCUUUCGAGUGAUCACCGCAGAAGCUCGUCAACGUUCAGCGAAUGCCCCAUGUCUGCUCGGCAGAUGGGUUGGCCAUAACAGGACUCCUUGA